CAGCGGCGGCUAUCCGUUACGCAUGCGCCAUUCCUUACCACGUUGUAGUUGGUCAUCCUUCACUCCAAUUCAUUCGGUGUCCCAACACCGGCAAGUUUGAGGUGAGAUGGUGAGAGCAUGCUCUCUAUUCAUUGGAAGCCUCCGCUCAUGAUUGUAGCGUGUAUUAUCCACGGCGGAGCUCUCUUUCUGUGACUUCCGCGUUAUAAAACGGGAUAGGGAAUCACUGGGGAAAAGUUCUCACGGACGACAAAUUUCACGCUCAAGUUGCCAUGUAAAGUUGUUUCUCCCACAAUACACGUGGUAAAGAAGAAAGACUGCAAGCGUACCGUAAAAUGGAUUACGCGCAGUACUGUUUUUCUCACGCAUCUUGGAACUGUGUACUGCUGUUUCUCACAUUUGUAUUUUUAUGCAGUGUCGAUUACAGAUACGCAUCGUCAAUAUGAACUGCAUUCUGGAUUUUUUAAAAUAUUUCUGUGAUAUAUAUUAACAAGUUUUCAAGAACGCUAUAAUUAUGGCAUGGAAAACUGUUAGCUGCUUGUUAUUGGUUUACUUAAUAGAAGCUUCAGUGGGAACAAGUCAAGACCGAAGGGGUCCAGUUUUCACUUAUGAGCCUCCUAGUAGCGUUGAGUUCUCUAAUUCAACAGGAACAGUGAUUCCUUGCUCAGCAGAAGGCAUUCCAGCCCCUUCAAUUCGGUGGACACAUGCUCUUGACGGCAGUUUCAUUACAGAUAUUCCUGGACUACGACACGUCAGACCCGAUGGCUCACUGGUUUUUCCACCUUUCAGAGGGGAGGAUCAAAGACCUGACGUCCAUACUACAACGUACAGAUGCGUGGCUAGUAACGCUGUUGGAGCGAUUGGGAGCAGGGACGUCAGUGUCAAAGGAGAUUUACGUAGCCCAUGCCUUUUGAGUAGGAGGACCGAAAAGCCGUGA